AUGAAAUUCUCAGCAAAACUUCUUUGGAAAAUAAUUACAUUACUGUUUUUCGCAGGUAAUGUCCUUUUGCUUAUUCUAAUCAUUAUAUCAGGGACCACACAACAUUAUCCAGUUAACAGAUUUUAUUGGGUGGAAGCUGAUACUAAUGGCAUACCUAAUGCAUCAUCAUUAACAAGAUGGACAUUUUGGGGUGCAUGUGGUGAAGUUAAUGACAAAACCGUUUGUGGAGAGAAUUUAUCUCCUGCAUAUCCAAUUUCACCAGUUGACAAUUUUAAAACAAAGGAAAAUGUUCCAAAAAGAUUCAUUUCUGAAAGAGAUGCUUUUUACUAUUUGAGUAGAUUUGCGUUCUGUUUCUUCUGGAUUGCUUUGGCAUUUGUUGGUAUCUCAUUUAUAUUAUUCAUCUUUUCAUGGUUUUCAAGAUAUCUGUUACAAGUGGUAUUUAUUUUAAUGGCCUUUGGUUGUUUAUUCAACGUUUGUGCAGUUAUUUUCCAAACGGCUGUAACAGCAAUGGCUAAGAGUUCAUUCCAUGGUGAUGAUCGUCAUGCUAAAAUCGGGGCAUCUUUAAUGGGUAUUGCAUGGGCUAGUGCUGUUGUAUCAAUUUUUGAAUUUGUAUCACUUACGACCUGGUUUGCAUCAAGUAAAUUAAGGGAAUAUUACCAAGGUGAUUCAUUAACAGAAAAACAUCAUAAUAAUUUCUUCCAUAGGGAGAGUGAGCCAUUGAACGUUCCUGAGCCAAUGAUGAGUCCUGAUGCAUACAGCCCUAACCCUAAUACCAAUAUGGUAAAUGAUAGUAAUGGACCUGUAACAAAUCCAAAUGGUAUAAACAACAAUGAAGCUGUAGGAUCUCCAAAUUUACCAAUUGUACAAGAACAAAUAACUACACCAUUACCUGCAGUUGUACCAGCAGAAGAAAGUAGACAUAAAGGUAUUAAUUUUUUUACAAUUAGAAGGUCUCACAAACCAAAUCCAGACGAUGUGUCAGUGUAA